CUUGGCAGCUUCAAGAAAAGCAUGGAGAUGUGUUCACAGUGCACUUAGGACCAAGGCCCGUGGUCGUGUUGUGUGGGACACAGACAAUAAGGGAGGCUCUGGUGGACCACGCCGAGGCUUUCUCUGGCCGGGGAACUAUUGCUGCAGCUCAGCUAGUUAUGCAGGACUAUGGUAUAUUUUUUUCCAGUGGGGAAUGCUGGAAGACCCUUCGGCGAUUCUCUCUGGCUACCUUGAAGGAAUUUGGGAUGGGAAAGCGGAGUGUGGAGGAGAGGAUAAAGGAGGAGGCCCGAUAUUUGGUGGAGGAACUGAAGAAAUACCAGGGAGUGCCCCUGGAUCCCACCUUUCUCUUCCAGUGCAUCACAGCCAACAUCAUCUGCUCCAUUGUCUUUGGAGAGCGCUUUGACUACACAGAUGACCAGUUCCUGCAUCUGCUGAAUGUGAUGUGUCAGAUCUAUUCACUCUUAAGCUCAUUCUCCUGCCAGAUGUUUGAGCUCUUCUCUGGUUUCUUGAAGUACUUUCCUGGUGUACACAGACAAAUUGCCAAAAAACAGCAGGAAAUCCUCAACUUCAUUGCCCAUCAUGUGGAAAAGCACAGGGUCACCUUGGACCCCAGUGCUCCACGAGACUUCAUUGAUACCUACCUUCUGAGGAUGGAGAAGGAGAAGUCAAACCACAACACGGUGUUCCAUCACCAGAACCUCAUGAUGUCUGUGCUCGAUCUCUUCUUUGCUGGAACUGAGACUACCAGCACCACCCUCCGCUCUGGCUUCCUGCUCAUGCUCAAGUACCCCCAUGUCGCAGAGAAAGUCCAAAAGGAGAUUGAUCAGGUGAUCGGCUCACACCGGCUACCAACCCUUUAUGAUCGAACCAAAAUGCCAUACACUGAUGCAGUCAUCCAUGAGAUUCAGAGAUUUUCAGAUAUUGUCCCUAUUGGAGCACCACACAGAGUAACCAAAGAUACCAUGUUCCGAGGGUACCUGCUUCCCAAGAACACUGAGGUGUACCCCGUCCUGAGUUCAGUUCUCCAUGACCCACAGUACUUUGAACAACCGGACACCUUCAAUCCUGAGCACUUCCUGGAUGCCAAUGGGGCACUGAAGAAAAGUGAAGCUUUUCUGCCUUUCUCCACAGGAAAGCGCAUUUGUCUUGGUGAAAGCAUUGCCUGCAACGAAUUGUUCCUUUUCUUCACGUCCAUCCUCCAGAACUUCUCUGUGGCAAGCAGUGUUGCUCCUAAGGACAUUGACCUCACUCCCAAGGAGACUGGUAUUGGAAAAAUACCUCCAACGUACCAGAUCUGCUUCUUGGCCCGCUGAUUGGGCUGAGGCAGCCAGGUGUCCCCACUUCUGUCAAGAAUGGCUCUAUCUUUGAGCCUCUGAGAGAGCUGCUGGAAACCAGACCCUAGGUUGCUGCUCACAUCUUUCCUCCUAUUGUGGUUCUCCACAGCUGGAAGGUGUGUUCUUCCCUGUGAAUGGCACUGGAGAAAACAAUCAACUGUCAUUUUUGAUUUGUGAACAGAGACUUCUGGAGUCCACAUCUUAUGUUGAGUCACUUCCCUCUUCCUCCCAAAUUAUCAGCUCUGCACCCUCUGUGAUCUGUGCUAAUGGACCCUGUACAAGGUCUGAAAUCUAUGUCUACAGACUUGCCUAGUAUGUAUGGUUCUGGUAAACAGAAUCACAUAGUGUGUG